AUGAUUCCCAAGAAAUUCCAAUAUUAAUUGGAUGAAAAUGAGAUUAUGUGGCGCGCGAAGCUGUGGAAUUAUUUACUCAUAAAAAAAAAUGCAAUUAAAAUAACUAAUAAUAGAAAUGAAAAUGACUAAUCAAAAAAUCUUUUGAGUGGGUGGCAGCAAUAAAUAAAUAAAUAAAUAAAUGAUGAAGACUUCUAGUAGGAAAAAGAUAAUAAGUUUUGA